CUGUACAAGGAGGCCAUGAUGGAGGAGCACCAGCCUCUUAUAUCACAAGAGAAUCCCAAUAAACAUUUUAAGGGAAACUUCAUGUUAUCACAAAAUUCUAACACAGAAGAUGAAAAUAUGCAGCUCUGUUUAGAAGAAAACUUACAUUCAGGACUUCACAGUACAAAUCUCUCAUAUAAGUCCUCUAAAUGCGCAGAACCUUCUCUUGACCAAUCACAAAUUGUUACCACAACUACAGUUCAGAAAGUGGGUAAAAUGUUAAAUGGUGGGAAAAAGUUUAGAAAAAAAUCAUGUCUUCCUACACAAGGAAGAAUUUACACAGGUGAGAAGCCAUAUUCAUGUUCAGAAUGUGGGAAAUGUUUUGCAAAUAAAUCAAGACUUGAUGCACAUGUACGAAUUCACACAGGAGAGAAGCCAUAUUCAUGCUCAGAAUGUGGGAAAAGUUUUACACAGAAACCAUAUCUUGUUUCACAUGAGAUAAUUCACACAGGAGAGAAAAGAUAUUCAUGUUCAGAAUGUGGGAAAUAUUUUACCAGAAAAUCAAGCCUUUUUAUACAUAAGAAAGUUCACACAAAGGGCUUGUAUACAUGUUUAGAAUGUGGGAAAUGUUUUACACAGAGAUCAAGUCUUGCUACACAUGAGAGAAUUCACACAGGAGAGAAACCAUAUUCAUGUUCAGAAUGUGGGAAAUGUUUUAUAAAUAAAGCACAUCUCGUUAUGCAUGAGAGAAUUCACACAGGAGAGAAGCCAUAUUCAUGUUCAGAAUGUGGGAAAUGUUUUAGACAAAGAUCCAAUCUUGAUACACAUAAGAGAAGUCACACAGGAGCGAAGCCAUAUUCGUGUUCAGAAUGUGGGAAAUGUUUUACAAAUAAAUCAAGAAUUGUUAAACAUGAGAAAAUUCACACAGGAGAGAAACCAUAUUCAUGUUCAGAAUGUGGAAAAUGUUUUGCAGCUAAAUCAAAUCUCAUUACACAUGUGAGAAUUCACACAGGAGAGAAGCCAUAUUCAUGUUCAGAAUGUGGUAAAUGUUUUACACAUAAAUCAAGUCUUGAUCAUCAUAUGAAAAUUCACACAGGAGAGGUGUAAUGUUUUUUAUUUCUCUGCUUUUAAAACAGAUAGUGAUACCUCAUAAAAUAUUUAUUGCUUAACAUUCCUCAUAUGUCUACUUUUAUGUUGCUAUUAUUUUGAAGAUGGCAUUUUAUAUUUUAGGAUGUAAGAAAGCGUAGAAUUUUAGAGGUAACUCUUAACAUUUUAAAGAAAAUUUCCAAAACCCACUUUAAGGUUCAGUUCUAAUGUUACUUUUUGGGGCUUACAUAGUGAAAACCACCCAUAAAUGACCCUAUUUUAGAAACUGCACCUUUCAUGUAAUUGAAAACUGAUUUUACAAAUUUUGUUAACCCUUUUGGUAUUCCACAAGAAUUAAAGGAAAAUGGAGAUGAAAAUUCAAUUUCAAUCCAUUAUUUCCUGUCACAUAGCAAGGGUUAACAGCCAAACAAAACUCAAUAUAUAUCACCCUGAUUCUACAGUUUACAGAAACAUGUGGUGGUAAGCUGCUGUAUGGGCACACGGCACGGCUCUGAAGGAAAGGAGCGCUGUAUGGUUUUUGUAAGGUAGAUUUUGCUAGAUUGGUUUUAAGGCCGAUGCACCCCUACUGUAGAAACUACCAAAAAGUGACUCCAUUUUGGAAGCUACAGGAUAAGGUGAGCAUUUUAUUGAUACUAUUUUAGGGUACAUAUGAUUUUUGAUCGCUCGAUUAGGGCUCCAGAUGGCGACCAAAAUGGUCGCCAAUGCGACUUAGAAUUUACAAAAGGCGACAAGACUUUUUAGUCUUGUCACCAUUUGCGACUAGACCCACCGUUGCAGCUCUGCAGUUUAAUACAGCGGCGGGGCACAGGAGAUGAUAGUUCUCUGCCCUCCGCCGAUGUUCUACUCAGCAGCGCAGUGGAUGAGGAGUCUCUCCCUCCCCCCCUGUGCUGCCGCCGC